ACUGCACAUUAAUUUAUCAUCAUGCAUCGAUUCCCGUAAAAAGAGAAGAGAAAAUUCGAAGUAAAUUCAAUAAUUUCAAAGUAAUUUACAGAUUUUUAGCCUAAAUGAAAGGAUAACCGACGGAAAAAGAUGGCUACUAGACGAACUGGAAAGUUGGUUCAACGAAGUAAGCCAGUGGAAAGUAAUACAAACGAAGUAGAUCCAGCCUUUGACAUACCUGAAGUCGACGCAGAUGAAUCGGAAACCAAAGAAACUCGUCUUACAUUGAUGGAAGAAAUUCUUCUUCUGGGUCUAAAAGAUCGAGAGGGUUACACGUCUUUUUGGAAUGAUUGUAUUUCGGCCGGCCUACGUGGCUGUAUUUUAAUAGAGCUUGGCAUUCGUGGAAGAAUUGAGUUGGAGAAGACUGGAAUGAGGCGAAGAGGCUUGCUUAGUCGUAAAGUUAUUUUUAAAAGUGCAACACCAACGGGAGAUGUUUUAUUAGAUGAAGCACUUAAGCAUAUUAAGGAUACACAACCUUUAGAUACCAUUCAAAACUGGAUUGAGUUGCUAAGUGGCGAAACAUGGAAUCCAUUUAAACUUGGUUUCCAGAUGAGAAAUGUCCGUGAACGAAUUGCCAAAAAUUUAGUUGAGAAGGGUGUCCUCACCACAGAAAAACAAAACUAUGUUUUGUUUGAUAUGACCACCCAUCCUGUUGUUGAUGCAUCUGUUAAGCAGCGUGUUAUUCGUAAAGUUCAAGAUUCUGUUCUUAGUCGUUGGUUGAAUGACCCUCAGAGAUUUGACAAAAAAACUUUAUCACUCAUUUAUCUUGCUCAUUCUUCUGAUGUAUUGGAAAAUGCAUUUACACCAUUGUCCGAUGAAGAUUAUGAUGUUGCAAUGAAACAUGUUCGUGAACUAUUAGAUUUGGAUCCUGAAGUUGAAAGUCAAAAGCCAAAUGCAAAUGAAAUUAUGUGGGCUGUUGUCUCUGCUUUCAUCAAGUAGAAUAACGAGGAUUUCUUAAUAUUAGAACAUUACUAUCAAUUGGAUGUCUGUUUUUUAUAUAGUCAAUCAGAAUUGUUCAAUUGUUAAUAUUGCUCUUACAUGAAGGCAAAAUAGUGGGAACAAAAUGUGUAGACUUUGUUUAAAGUUUGAUGGUGAUGUUUUGCAUGUUUAUAUAUUUUUGCAUGUCUUAAGCAUUUGUAAAGAACAUAUCAACCAUUUUGACUGUAUACAACUUGCAUAACUUGUAGAAAAAGUGGAUAGCUGACUUCAUGAA